UGGGCCUGGAGCCAUGAACCCUUCUAGUUCCAGGCAAAUUUACACAAGGAGAAAGAACAAGUAUAUUCAAACUAAACCUUGCACCUAUAUACAAACUUCAAAGAAACCCAUCUCCUUCAUCAAUUUUAAAAGAGAUGUUCUCUUGGCAUCGAAAAAUUGUAAGAUCAGCUAUAUAGAGAUAUGGCCUCUCUGAAACUCAUCAAGCUCUUCCUCUUUGUUCUGCUUCAUGCUAUUUUCUUGCUUUCUUCAUCUGUGCUCUGUGAUGACAAGGAUGAACACAAUGUUCUUCAAGGUCUAAACAGUUAUAGGACAUCGUUGCGCCUUCCACCUCUGUCCAGGAAUGAAAACGCAGGUUGUCUGGCGCACAAAAUUGCUGACAAAUUAGAGAACCAACCAUGCAAUGGAAGUGCCGGUGCCACCUCUGUUCAAUUAGAUAAUUACUCUGGCCUACUAUCGAAGUGUGGCAUUGACAUUAACAGCACCAAAGAUGGUGCGGUUUUGCCUGUUUGCGUGCCCAAAUUGGUUCCAACUCUGGUGCUUACCAAUUAUACACGCACCCAAUUAGCCAAGUACUUAAAUGACUCAAGGUUUACAGGGGCAGGACUCGGGUCUGAGGAUGAUUGGAUGGUUGUUGUUUUGAGUACGGACACCCCAUCGGGUAGCUUCGCCGGGGCAACCAGUUUGAUGUCCACGGUUGGUUUUGGUCAUUGCUUGGUGUGUCUGUUAGUGGGGAUGCUGGUUUAUGUGCUAGUUUAUUAAGU